UAUUCAUUAUAUGAUGCCUUUUCUCUUGGAAGUGAAGAACUUAACUACAGGUUGAAUUUAAGAGGAUAUAGUGGAACAGCAGGAAGGACCAGCAGUUUUAGUCCCACAGGAACUGACUUCAGCACCAAGGAUGCAGAUAACGACAGAUGCAGCUGCAAAUGUGCACAGAUUGCAACAGGAGGUUGGUGGUUUGAUGCUUGUGGGCCUUCAAACCUCAAUGGUAUUUAUUAUCCAAGUGGAUCUGGAACUGCUAAGUACAAUGGAAUCAAGUGGCAUUAUUGGAAAGGCCCCAGCCAUGGACUGACGUCUGUCACCAUGAUGAUCCGUCCUACUGCAUUUUGA